GGAGGAAGAAGAAGAAGGAGGAGGAGGAGUUCGGUGGGCAAAUGGAGCUCUUCUCAGCAGCAGCAGCAGCAGAUUUAUCGCUUCAGAUCAGCUCGCUCGAAGCCACAGCAUCAAGUUGGAGAAAGCCAGGUGAUGAGAACAUGGAAUUAGGGUUUCGAUGCAGGAACUUGGACUCGACCACCACAACCAACAAGAACAGAACCGCUGCAUCAGCAGCCAGAGCCACCGCCUCUGAACUCUCCUUGGCAAACCCAAGAGCCGCGGUCUCCGCCGCCACAAGCAAUGACACCUUCCACCGUUCUCAACCUCGCCACCAUCACCACCACCUACAAUACGAUCACCUACAAUACCACCACCACCAUCCGCUACAUCACCAAGAGCAGAGCUGGCUGGAGCCCAUAACGGGCAUCCCAAUCUACCAACACCCACCUUUCUUUCCUGCAGUCGCCCCGCAUCAGCAGCAUCACCUGUGUGGAUCUCCUUCCUCCUCCAAUCAUGCUUUAACGCACUUGGUGGCGAGCCAAGGCUUGUCGAGAUCGAGAUAUCUGCCGCCGCGGUUCCCUGCCAAGCGGAGCAUGAGAGCGCCGAGGAUGCGGUGGACUACCACACUCCACGCCCGCUUUGUGCAUGCUGUGGAGCUGUUGGGAGGCCACGAGAGGGCGACGCCCAAGUCAGUUCUAGAGCUCAUGGAUGUGAGAGAUCUUACCCUGGCUCAUGUGAAAUCUCACUUGCAGAUGUAUCGAACUCUGAAGAACACCGAUAGACCCGCAGUUCCAUCAGGCCAAUCUGAUGCCAUUGCGAAUGGCUCGAUGGGAGAGAAUUCCGAUGACAAUCCAGUAGGCAUUCACAAUCUUCAUCUAUCAGAAUCGUCAAGUCAGCAAAGGGGGAGCAUUGAUAAUGGCACGGCAAGAAGUUCCACUGCAGGAAGCAUGCAGCACUAUGAGCAGGACAUGCAACCAAAGAGCUUUGAGAUGUUCCUGGAAUUGAACUCACCAAGCUUUUCAGAAACAUCGAGCUCGAGCAAGCCGAAUCUUGAGAUCACAUUGGGCAGGCCACACUAAAACAAGCUCUCCUUCGCAAGCUAACAUUUCUCAGUCAUGACGAACCAGUGCGCUCUCAGAGGUCACAGAAGAUGCAGAAACUGGACAGGAGAGGAGGAGGAAAAAGGAGAUAGUUGAGUAGAAGGCAGAAGAAAAUAAAAUCGACUACUGGAUGCAUUCUUCAUCUACUCGUAAGCAAAACCUACCAUUGUCUUCUUCAAUUUGCUUCAUUGUCUCGAGAUAUGAGCAAAUAUGAUGUAUUCUCUUCUCAUGAUUGAUGUGUCCAUUUCCCUGUAGA